GCCUUUGGCCUUUUUUAGUGCAUUUUAUAACCGCAAAACAAUUUAUUUAAUUUUUUGAUUCUUGAAUAAGAAUCACAGAUUCUGAGCCACCAUGUCCACGAGAUGGUAUCCCAUCUACCAGCGCGGCAAUCCGCAGCUGCGUGUUUUCCUGCCCAACUUCUGGAUGAAGCUAAUCCGGCCCACGGAGGAGCAGCCGCCCAAUGUGGUCACCUUUUCGGUGUCCAUGGAGAUGACCAAGUACGAUGUGCGUAGCUACUUGGAGAAGAUCUAUAAGCUGCCAGUGGUUGAUGUUCGUACUCGGAUUGCCUUGGGGGAGACCAAGAAGGAUCAGACCUACGGAUACAUCACCAAAAAAGACGACGUGAAGCUGGCUUAUGUAACAUUGCCCAGGGAAGAGUCCUUUGUCUUCCCCGACUUCUUCUCUGAAAAGGCUGAGAAGCAGGCCCAAGAGGAAAAGUCGCUGGAUGAAUCGAAAGCCGGUUUCCGCAGAUUUCUGGACAGGAACAAGAAGCGACCGGGCACUCCAGGCUGGUUUUCCAUUUAGUUUUUAGUCUGUAAUCUUAGUACUCUUCCUUUCAACGGGUAUAUAAACAUUUAUUUCGAAAGUCCGAAUUAACCUAAA